CUGACUGACUGGCUUGAAUCCGGACAGACAGACUACAACCAACGACAUCGAUAUUCGUUCAAGAAAACACUUCCAAUACAACCACCAAGCAAACCCGUAUACACGGCAUCAGACUCUCGUACAUCCCAUCCCCCCCCCCCUCACACUCCUCCACUCCGCCACAAAUCGCACAAGAUGUCUUCCAUCCUCCGCAAACUCCAGGGUGGAAACCUCGAGGUCUUCAAGUUCGGAACCUACAUCCUCUUCCCCAUCGGCUGGAUGUACUACUUCGGCACGAACCUCGACGACCGCUUCACCGUCAGGGGCUUCUGGCCCACCGCCGAACAAUCCCACAAGAUCCCGCUCGAGAAGGAGGAGAUCGACCGCGAGCUGAACCGCAUGCGCAUGAACGACGCCAUCCGCCGGGAGCGGAGGCAGCGGGAGGCGGCGGAGGCGGAGCUGCAGCUGGCUCAGGCGCAGUCUCGCGCGCAGACGGAAGCAUCCGCAGAGUAGUCUCCCUCCUUUUCGAGUGACUUGUUUUGUUUGAGCGGGAUGGAACAAAAAAAAAGGUUGCGUUGCGGUGUGGAUGGAUCAAAUGCCAGGCUUUGCCUUGACAUCCUGACCCGGAGGGAAAAGAGAUUUAUGCCUUGGUUGAUUGUUUGCGUUGGAUUCCCCAGCGGGGGAGAGGGUCGGGGUGGGUUAUCAGUGUCCGUGUCCGUGUCCGCUCCGAUAUGGUGAGGUUGGUACCCUCGAUUAUGUACUGUCUCUGGCUGGGGGUGUACUUGUUUAUUCUCCUUGUUUUCUCUCGUUGUAUAACACUUUUUCCUGAGCAUGACCGGAGUUGUAUAUUUGGGAUGGAGGGCUGUUUUUGUUUUUUGUUCUCGGGAGUUUUUUUCUUUAGCUGCAGACCAAAAUUGUACUUCAAUGCUUAAUGGUAGUGUAUGUUCGUCUCGAGUCUCGGUGUCUGCAUGACUGAAUCGC